UCCGGCUGGUCUCAUGUCAGCUGCGCUGGAACUAUCUAAAGCUAUAGUACUCGCUAAUAUCAGGCAUCAGGUUAUUCCAUGGCUGGCACGCGUGGCGCUGGUGUUGCAUGGCUGACAUUUUUGCCCUACCUGUCUUAGCGCCAGGCUAUCAACAGGCUUCCGAUCUAUGCAUUCAUGUCAUUGCUUGGAGUUAUGCUUCUUAUUUCCGUCAUCGGAGGUAACCGCUAUCACCAGAUCCCAACCCCAGCCCUUCGGUUGAUGAAUGGCAAAGUCGCUGUAAUACGAAAGCAUGUCAUUGAUGGGGAUGGAGUGUAAGAUGAGGUAUAAAAAGGAUGCUGCCCCAGGACAAACAUCUUGUUCUGCCAUCCCUCGAGUUCUUCUUCCAUAUUGAUAGCAUCACAAUGGCAUUUGACGUUGCCACUAUUAAAAGCCGCGCCACCCAAGGCGCCUUCUUCAAGCGCCAGCUCUUCGGUGAACCGCCUGUCGUUUCACCAACAGACGUUGACCUCUCGGGCAAAACCGCCAUAGUCACAGGGUCCAACACCGGGCUUGGCUUCGAGUGCAGCAAGCAACUCCUGGACCUGGGGCUGAGCAGACUCAUCAUCGCCGUGCGUAGUGAGGCUAAAGGCGAAGAAGCCAAGAAAGAGCUUCUUGCAGGGAGACGCAGUGGGAAAGCCAUCAUCGAGGUCUGGAAGCUGGAUCUCUCGCGCUAUGAUUCUGUGCUGGCGUUUGUAGAACGCACCAAGUCUCUCGACCGCCUGGAUAUUGUUGUGAACAACGCGGGGGUUUCGAAGAGAAUAUUCGAGAUCAUUAAAAGUACAGGCCACGAGGAGACGGUCCAGGUUAAUCACCUCUCCAAUGCUCUUCUCACCAUCCUGUUGAUCCCAGUCCUCAAAGAGAAGAACUCGCCUGAACACCCCGGCCAUCUGACUGUGGUGUCAUCGGAUACGCCUGCCUGGGCCAAGUUCAAGGAAAAAAAUUUCACGCCUCUCAUGUCAGCAUUUGAUAAACGCGAAAACUUCGACGACCAGGAUCGUUAUCCUACAUCCAAGCUGCUCGGGCAACUGUUUCUGAGAGAACUCGCAAAGCGCGUGCCACCGUCAGUGGUUGUCAUCAACGCACCCAAUCCAGGCCUAUGCAAGUCUGGUCUUGUCCGAGAGUUCAGGGGCACUCUCGUGGGAUACAUCUUUAGUAUCAUGGAAUUGAUCCUCGCUCGGAAGCCUUCUGUUGGAGCCCGCGCACUCACGGAUGCUGCGGUGAAACAUGGUGCAGAGUCCCAUGGACAGUAUAUUGAAGACGGAAAACUGGCGCCGUAGGUCUGCCUCAGAUGGUCCCAAGAAGUCACUAACUGUUCUUAGAAUGGCUCCUUUUGUGUAUACGCCUGAGGGCGAGAAGAUUGCUCGGACUCUAUGGCAGGAGACGAUGAAUGAACUUGCAUUUGCGCGAGUUGCGGAUAUCCUCCGAGAGUUGAGCACGUAGCUGGGUGAUGCCAGCUGCGAUCACAGUUACUUAACUCGAACUGCAUUUUGUUUUAAUGUCGUUG